AGCACUCAUGAUAAAUUUCUGGUGAAUUUGUUAUGAUGGACUCUCAUGUUCAUCUUAUCAUCCUCCACUGCUGCUCCGCCAGCGUAAAUCAUAAGUGCAGCAUUAUUUAUCAUCUAUUAAAAAAAUAGUGAUGUCAUAAAACAUUCCCUUCCCCUCACAUUACCUUUGUUAUAUUUGAAUGUAUCAUUUUGCUUUUCAAAGAACCAUUUUUUUUGUGAUCGAGUAUGGAGUACAUCGCAUUUUAAUCAUCAUUAUAAUGUUAUAUGACUGCAUUUCCUAUGACUUUCUUAUAAACUUUACGGUUUACGAUACUUCCUCUGUUAUUUACUCUUUGAGUUCUUGUUUUAUAUAAUGUUUUUUUUCUCUUCUUUUAGCUUCGGCGAUUUAUAUAAUGUUAAAAAGGACUUAAGAAAAUAUUAAAAAUGUCGAUGUUUUUCCAGUAAACAUCGAUAACAUCUGAUGAAUAUCGAUAUUCUUACUACAGUUUUUCGGUUUCGUGAAUUUUGUAGAUUUUUGAUAAACUUAACAUUAAUAAAUACAAUUAAAUUCUAGCUUAAUUUACUCAAAUACGGUUUCAGUAGCAGUUUAAUAAACAGAAUGACAACUGGUGAAACCCUAACAUCAGAUUAUCAGCAGCGAAGAUGGCAAAAUAUAAGGAAACUCCUAGAGAGACCUGGUCCAUUUUGUCACCCUGACUUUGAGCCUUCUGCUGAAAUACUAGAUUUUAUUAUGAAUUCCUGUAAAAUACUUGUGGUUGGAGCUGGAGGACUUGGCUGUGAGCUGUUGAAAGACCUUGCAUUAAUGGGUUUCAAAAAGAUUCACAUAGUGGAUAUGGACACCAUAGAAUUAUCAAACUUGAACAGACAAUUUUUGUUUAGAAAAUCCGAUAUAGGUUCAUCAAAGGCAAAAUGUGCAGUUGAAUUUGUUAAUAAGAGAGUGCCUGGUUGUGAAGCUGUAGCCCAUCAUUGUUCUAUCCAAGAAUUUGAUGAUGGUUUCUACAGACAGUUUCACAUAGUUGUAUGUGGUCUGGAUUCCAUAGUAGCAAGACGUUGGCUUAAUGGCAUGCUUAUGUCAUUACUGCAAUAUAAUGAUGAUAGGUCAUUGGAUCAAAGCAGUGUCAUACCACUUGUGGAUGGUGGCACUGAAGGUUUCAAAGGCAAUGCUCGAGUUAUAUUACCUGGCAUGAGUGCUUGUAUAGAGUGUACAUUGGACUUGUAUCCACCUCAAAAGACUUUUCCACUAUGCACUAUUGCUAAUACACCACGGUUACCAGAGCAUUGUAUUGAAUAUGUGAAAGUUUUGCAAUGGGCUAAAGAAAAUCCAUGGGGUGAGACAACACAGCUUGAUGGCGACGACCCCCAACAUGUAGCUUGGGUGUUGGAGAAAGCACAAGAGAGGGCACUCAAAUAUGGAAUUACAAAUGUUACAUAUAGACUAACACAAGGUGUACUGAAAAACAUUAUUCCUGCUGUAGCCAGUACUAACGCUACAAUUGCUGCUGCUUGUGCUACAGAGGUAUUCAAGUUGGCUUCAUCAUGCUGCAUAAAUAUGAACAACUAUAUGGUGUUAAAUAUGGCUGAUGGUGUAUAUUCAUAUACAUUUCCGGCUGAGCGGCGUACUGAUUGCGUAGCGUGUAGUAAUACUACACGUGUAAUGGAAAUAGAAGCAGACGCCACACUCCAAAUGAUUUAUGAUAAACUCUGUGAAGAUCAAGCUUUCUUAAUGAAAAGUCCAGGUAUUACUACUGUAAUUAAUGGUCGCAACAAAACAUUGUAUAUGUCCUCAAUUAAGAGCAUUGAAGAGAGAACGAGGGAUAAUUUAAAGAAGAAAAUAACUGAGCUAGGUCUUUAUAAUGGUGGUGAUAUAUUGGUAGCUGACAUAACAACUCCAAAUACCAUUACUAUAAAAUUAAAAUUUGCUGAAAAUUUUGAUGUAGAUAUGUCACGGUAAAUAAAAUUAAAAUCUCAACCU